AGGAGGGAAAAGUGAGUCUUAUAGAGCAAAAAAUACGGUAACCAUCCAGGGGUCCUUUGCCUUUACCUUACAAAUGCAUGUAUGUGGGUUUAGAAGAGGAGGGAGUGUAAAACAGGGAGGCCCAAUAACAUGAAUGAAAGAGAGAGGUGCAGUCUGACAUUUCUGCUCUUAUGUUGCAGACUAUACUUCUUUGUAGUCUUUUGGCCCCCUCCAUACAUAAAAUCACAUAAUCCUUAAAAACACAUAACCAAUGACUAAAGAACAGCCGCUAAUAGCUGCUGAAGAAUAUACGUCUUAACCAGCUGCCUAAAACUAUAAAGAGAUGGGGCCCGGGGCAUGCCACAGAAAAGGACCUUUCCUGCCCUCCCCCACCAUAUACUUUGUAUACUUCUAAAUACUUUGUUAAAACCACUUAGAAGCCUAUUUGGGCAUGUAAAUAAAUAUAUGACUUAAAUGCCUCUACCAGCUGAGGAGAACCUUUCAUUAAUCUGACAGAAGCAUCUCGCUGUUUGUCCGCAAAAGCCCCUGAUGCCGUUUCAAAAAUUGCCUUUGCCUUUGCUGCAGCGGAUUAGCACAGCUGCUCCCCCAGGAGUUAUUUCAGCUGCCCUCUCUCUCUUCUGCGCUCCUUCCUUCCAUGCUGGAGUUUGGUUUCUAGUCUCUCUUAUAUUAGUGAUGAGGAGCCUGUGGCCUUCCAGCAGGGCCAACGGGAGUUGUGAGUCCCAACAAGAUCUGGAGGACCACAGGUUCCCCGUCGCUGUUGUAUCGCGGGGGACCCCAGUUUCAGGACAGGUGUUGCCACAUUUCCCAGCAGAACGGCUCCCCAUUUUGUUUAGUUUUUAAAUCUGCUCAGGAAGGAACCAACCCUCUUCCCCUGUUCUGUCUCCAUGGCAACAGUCAGGAGGCCUGUAAGGGGAAAAGGAUUGUGAGGCAGCUGUGCUUGGACAGGAUAGUGAAUCAUGGGGAAUGGGACACAGAGGGCGUUAUUUUUGUGAUUCGACAACAUUUACCUUGAAAGGGCUGGUCCAACAUGUUUGCUUUGACCCUCGACUAGGAGGCUUUCUGUUCCUCCUUCCCCUUCCGGGUCUCCAGCUGUUUCUCUGCCUCUACCUCACGCCAGGACCAUCCAAAUUAUGCAUGCCUGGAAAGCCGUGGUCGGCACUCUGGCCUUCACAGGCCUGGAUGUGACAGUGACCACCUUGCUGUACAAACACAGCCGCAGUGGUGGCAGCUUCCUUCAGGAUCUGAAGCACUUCAACAUAUUCGACUCCAUGCUGGACAUCUGGGGGGCCUGCCUGUACCGGAGUUGUGUUCUUUUGGGGGCUGCCAUUGGGGUUGCGAGAAACACCAACUAUGGUCCCAAGCGCUUGAAAGGAUCCCGGAUCUUUAUCACACUUGUCUGCCUUGCGGUGGGGAUUUACGCCCUGGUCAAGCUGCUGCUCUACUCGGAGGUGAGGAAGACCAUCAAAGACCCCUGGUUUUGGGGUUUGUUUGCCUGGACAUACGUGUCCCUGGCGGCCACCUUCUCCUUGUGGCAGCUGCUUUCCACGGUGAGGCCUGCCAGGGAGACUCUGGGAGUAAAUUCCGAAUCUAGGACUGAAGCAGAAGAAAUUGGGGAUCCAAGUUUGCCUGAUGCCCAGGAAAAGAAAGAGGAGGCGUCAGCAGCCACCAUUUGUAAGCUGUUGUCUUACACCAAACCAGAUGUUCACUUCCUUGUAGUGGCCUUUUUCUUCCUCUUAGUGGCUGCUUUAGGAGAGACAUUCCUUCCGUACUACACAGGCCGGGCCAUUGAUGGAAUAGUAAUCCAGAAGAGUAUGGAGCAGUUCUCCACAGCAGUGGUCAUCAUGGCCCUUCUGGCCAUAGGAAGUUCAUUUGCCGCAGGUAUCCGGGGCGGAGUCUUCACCCUCGUGUUCGCUAGGCUGAACAUUCGGCUACGCAACAGCCUCUUCCGGUCGCUGGUCUCACAGGAAAUGAGUUUCUUUGAUGAAAACCUUACUGGUGACAUUAUUUCCCGGCUGACGUCGGACACGACGAUUGUGAGUGACCUGGUGUCGCAGAACAUCAACAUCUUCCUGCGCAAUAUGGUCAAGGCCACGGGGGUGAUAGUUUUCAUGUUCAGCCUCUCGUGGCAGCUCUCCCUGGUAACCUUCAUGGGAUUCCCCAUAAUCAUGCUCAUGUCAGAUCUUUACGGGAAGUACUACAAGAAACUCUCCAAAGAGGUCCAGAAUGCUUUGGCAAAAGCCAACAACACCGCUGAGGAAACCAUAUCAGCCAUGAAGACUGUCCGCAGCUUUGCCAAUGAGGAAGUGGAGGCGAACGUCUAUUCGGACAAACUGCAGCAAGUCUACAAACUCAACAAAAAAGAAGCCAUGGCUUACACCUACUAUGUGUGGUCCAGUGGGCUAACACUCCUCAUUGUUCAAGUCAGCAUUUUGUACUACGGAGGCCACCUGGUGAUCACUGACCAGAUGACCAGUGGGAACCUGAUAUCCUUCAUUAUUUAUGAAUUUGUCCUUGGAGACUGCAUGGAGUCUAUUGGUUCAGUCUACAGUGGGCUGAUGCAAGGUGUUGGAGCUGCUGAGAAAGUAUUUGAGUUCAUAGACCGCAAGCCGACCAUGGUGCACGAUGGCACUCUGGCCCCCAACCAGCUAGAAGGCAAAGUGGAGUUCAGGAAUGUCACCUUUGCUUACCGCACUCGACCUGCAACCCAGGUCUUGCAGAAUGUCUCCUUCACGCUUCAUCCUGGGAAAGUGACUGCGCUGGUGGGGCCCUCAGGCAGCGGGAAGAGUUCCUGUGUCAGCAUCAUGGAAAACUUCUACCCACUUGAAGAUGGGCAGGUCCUGCUGGAUGGACAGCCUAUUAACAUGUACGAGCACAAGUACCUGCACUCAGUGAUAUCUCUGGUGAGCCAAGAACCGGUCCUUUUCGCUCGCUCUAUUGCAGAAAAUAUCUCCUAUGGCUUGGCCUCUGUCCCUUAUGAGUCAGUCGUUCAUGCUGCCCAAAAGGCCAACGCCCACACGUUUAUCACGGAAUUACAGGAUGGCUACCACACAGAAGCUGGUGAAAAGGGAACCCAGCUUUCUGGUGGUCAGAAGCAGAGAGUGGCUAUUGCGAGAGCUUUAAUCAGAAACCCACCAAUCCUGAUACUGGACGAAGCCACAAGUGCCCUGGAUGCAGAGAGUGAACAUGCGAUCCAGCAAGCCAUUUAUGGGGAUGUCCAGGGCCACACAGUGCUUGUCAUAGCCCACAGACUGAGCACUGUGGAGAAGGCACACAAUAUCAUUGUUCUCGACAAGGGCUGUGUGGUACAGCAAGGGACACACAAGCAGCUCAUGGAAGAAGGUGGCCUUUAUUACAAGCUAGUGCAAAGACAGAUUCUCGGCCAUGAGUCCGGCACGGGGGACAGCUGUCAGGAUGGCAGCUUGCCUGGAAUCCGGAGAGAGUCUUCAAAGACAGGACUGGCUGAAGAGUUCAGAGUUUGAUGUCAUGUGUGCCGGACUUGAAAAUUUUGAACUGCACAGAUGGGCUGUCAGCUGAGCUCAGAGGCGAAAGCACUAUGGAAUCCAAUUGGCAUCCCACUGGAAGAGUCAACCUCCUCUCUUUAGCACAGCUUCACCAAUGUUUUCUGACCGUUUACAGUGUUAUGCACUAAAUGUCCGGUGCACAUGACUCCCAGCAGGCAGUAUCCUGCUGAUCUGAGAGGAGAACCAGUGGGCCAACAAUUCCCACCACAGCCCCUGUGUUUUCUUUUCCCACUGAUACGCAUGCAAAACUUGCUGUUAUUUAUAAACGGUUGUUUCUUUUAGGUGCAUGCAAUUGUAAGGGAAGAAGGGUGAUCAGUUGAGGAUCUCUGAGGGUGAUUGUGUGGACUGGGAAAGGAAAUGUUGCCUUGGGACUAAGCCAGCAGUUGCUCUUUGGGAUCACUCCAGUGCCUGUAGACACCCUUGCUAAUGCCAUGCCUCAAGUAUGGCACCCUCACUAAAAGAGACAUUCUCUAGGGCACUUGGCUCAGGUUUUGACCAUCUUAGACCCCAAAAUUGCAAAAAUGGCUAGUGGUUCUAGAUACCUCUGAGCUGGUGUGCAACUUAAUAUGGUGCCAUGUUCACAUAGUGAAUAAUAUGCAUGAUGGCUUUUUAGAAGUAAGGAAGCAUCCAGAAUCAUUCCUUUGAAAAGCCAUGCUUCCAGUCCCCUAAGUGGCACUGCAGCAGAUGGGGAUCAAUGGUGGAUUGUGUCCCUGGCCUACAGACAAUUACAUAUAUGAUAAUAAACCCUGAGAGGGAUUCUUCUUCCCUUGGUUAGCGUUUGAUAUUUGGAGGUGCACACUUUUAAAACAGAAACAACUUAAAUGGUUUAAAUAUAUGUUGGCACUUACCAGUUGUUGCAUACUGUCAGUCUGUGUACCAACAUUUGCAGCGAAUAAGACAAUCCUGUUUUCAAAACUUUGUUUUUGUGAGGGCAGUCAAGGCUUUUUCAUUUGGUUUCAAUGCAUAAAGUCAGGCAGGAAACACCCCCCCCCCAAAAAAAAAAAUCCGCUGGGAAACUUUCCUACGUCAGUAAGAGCAGUGUACCAAUUCUUCUCUAUUUGUUUCAAUGAGGUUUGCAGAAGAGACCUUCCCAAUGGCUUGUCACCAGUUUUGUUUGGGGAAUCCCAACAACAUCUUGUUCAAGGUGUGGGUUCUGCCAGCAAUCCCAAAUAACUGCUGGGGGCUGGGAAUCAUUUUUUACAUUCUUUAAUCGUCAGGCAUUGGUUGCCUGAAUUAUUCUGUUCAUUUUGUUGUUUGGUGUUGUGUUUUGUUGUUGUUGUAGCAAAGCAAGGGGGGGCAAGGAGGAAAUAUGUUAUACCUCCACUUUGCACUGCCUAAUUUGACCCAGUCAUUUUACAGUUUCGUAAAUGAUUUGGAAGAGCUCACAGGCAUCCAAAACUGUGCUUAAAGAGUCAGGUGGCAGGGUGGGAAAUUACCAAAAUAACUAGACUAUGAAUUGAGGAUUGAGCAAUUUUAAAAAUCUUUCUCUUUCAAGUCUCUCCAGUUGAACUCAGUUGCAAAAUAAGCUCAAGCACUUUAGCUCAUUUUAGUUCCUUUCUGAUAUUUUGAUGCUGCUGUGUUUUUGGCAGAUUUUUUUUUGCUGUUGGCAAAUUAUAAAUAGUGAUGUUUUACAAACACUUUACAAAAUAAAUAAAGACUACCUCUGACACUCA